AUGGCCCAGAAGCCGCCCCCGCCGUCUCCGCCGCCGCCGUCUCUGCCGCCGUCCGCCGGAGCAAGCGUCGCGCUGCCCCCUCCGCCGCCGGCCGCGCCGCGGGCGCCGCCGUCCACCGGUCCCGGGCACCGCGGGCGCCCGCGGCCGCAGCGGGGUGCCGUCCGUGGCCGCUUCCGCCCCCGCGACGCGUCCGGGUCCGCCCGCUGCUGCUGCCGUUGCCGUUGGUCGGGCCGGGGCUGCUGCGGGCGCUCCAGCGCCGCCGAGGUGCUCCUCCCCACGGGGGUGGACUGCUCCUCCGCUCCGAUUCCCGCUCCUCCGACCUCUGCCGCCUCGGCCGCUCGCCGCUCCUCCGCGGCUCCGUCCGCCCGGCGCUGCCCUGCUGGGAGAAGGCGGCGUGAGAUGGGGUCCGGCGCGGCCGGCCCGCGGCGGCGCGGCCCUCGCAAGGGCGGCGCCAGCCCGGCCGGCUCCACGCCGGAGGCGACCGCCUCCCAGGGCUGCCGGAGCAGGUCCGGCCAGUCCAGCAGCCCCGCCAGCGCCGCCCACACCGCCCGCGCCACGCAGCACUCCCCCACGAAGUGCGCGACCGAGCCCUCCAGCGCGACCCCCCGGGCGAGCGCGUCCCGCCGGCAGAGUGCCCGCGGGCACAGCCGCGCUCCGCCCGUCAGCCAGGGCCGCACCGCCGCCGGCAGCUCGGCCGGCACUCCGUGGAAGAAGCGCCAGCGCACCUCCCAGAGCGCGUAG